AUGGUUGUAUUGUUGGGGUUUAUGGGAUUUGGAAUUAUGAUGGUUGAGCAUAUGGAAAUUGUCAGAAAGUGGGAUGAUGCGAUAUCUCGAGAGACAUUCGAUGUUCGUAAUCCAUAUUCGAAUGAAAUUCUGUAUGGCUGUGCUAAUUGUGAUGUCCAAGAUGCAAAAAAAAACGCUAUUAAGGCGAUAAAAGUGGCAAAAGAAGCUCUGAAAUCUUGGUCUUUACAAACGACGGCAAAAGCACGCGGUCAGAUACUUCACCAAUGGUAUAAAAUUUGUACUGAAAAAGAAAUGGAUUUAGCGAAAUUGUUAACAUUAGAACAGGGUAAGCCACUUGUCGAAGCUGUUGGAGAAAUUAGAUAUUCGGCUUCAUUUAUGGAGUGGUUUGCCGGUGAAGCUCGCAGAACAUAUGGGCAAAUUGUUCCACCACCAACAUUAAAUCGUGUUCAUCUUCAUACAAGGGAACCUAUUGGCGUUGUUGUUUUAAUUACACCUUGGAACUUUCCUGCUGCGAUGAUUGCAAGAAAAGCAGCUGCUGCACUUGCAGUUGGAUGUACAGUGGUCGUGAAACCUGCAGAAGAUACUCCUCUUUCGGCGCUUGCUCUUGCACAGGUUGCAAAAGACGCUGGUAUACCAAAUGGUGUUUUUAAUGUUCUUCCAGCUGAUCGUCAGAAAACAGAACAAAUCUCUAAAUUUGUGUGCUCUUCUGUGGAUGUCGAUGCCAUUUCUUUUACAGGUAGUAUCGAAGUGGGAAAGCUUCUUCUAUCUCAGUCUGCUAGUACUGUGAAAAGAGUAUGUUUAGAACUUGGUGGAAAUGCUCCGCUUAUUGUGUUCGAUUCAGCAGAUCUAGCGAAAGCUAUUGAGGGAACGAUGGCAGCGAAAUUCCGUGGUACAGGCCAAGUCUGUGUUGCAGCGAACCGAAUAUUUGUGCAUUCCUCAGUUCAUGAUGCUUAUGUUGAGGGUUUGAAAAAGAAAAUAGAUAAGCUUGUGAUUGGUGAUGGAAUGAAGGAUGGCACCAAUCAAGGACCACUUAUUAAUGAGCGUGCUGUAAGUAAGGUAUUAUCGUUGAUAGAAGAUGCUGUUUCAAAAGGUGCGAAGAUAGUAUGUGGCGGUAAACGCGGUGAGAAAUCAACUCUUUUUCAACCUACACUCAUUACCAAUGUAAAAAGUAAUAUGGAAAUCGCGCAUACUGAAAUUUUCGGGCCUGUUGCUGCAAUUAGGAGAUUCGAUGGUGAGGAAGAGGUUCUCAAAAUUGCUAAUGAUAGCCGUAGUGGACUUGCCGGCUAUUUUUUUUCAACCGAUUAUUCUCAGAUUAUGCGUGUUGCUCGGCAAUUGCAAUUGGGCAUGGUAGGAGUGAAUGAAGGAAUGAUAUCUUGUGCUGAAGCUGCGUUUGGUGGUGUGAAAGAAAGCGGACUCGGCCGAGAAGGUGCCAGUCAAGGUAUUGAUGAAUUUUCGCAAUGGAAAUAUACAUGUAUUGCAUAUUGA